CUCAGCAGCAACCCCUUUUUUAAUUGUAUACCUUUCUGCAAGUAUUCUUCUAAUGGUGAUUCUUUUACUCUUAAUGUAGUAGACUUCCCAUGGCCGGGGAGGGAUGGAAUACAAUGUGAUAAGGUAUCAACAAACAAGAAAAGUAAGGAACAUGUGUGAAUCAAAAGCAAUCUUAAUUCUCAAGAAAAAUACCCUCAAAAGAAUCCAGUUGACUUCAACCCAAAAAUAGCAAACGUUCAUGUCCACAACAUGGGAUUUGUCUAUAAAGACAAGCCUUAUGUUUUUUGCAGGAACUAACAAUUUUUUAUGGUCGGAAAGAGAAAAAGUUAUGGGGAAAGGGAUGCAGAUUGUGAUUAUGAUUUUUAUUGUACUGGCUGUAUCAGGUGCCAAUUCUAUUGAUCAGCAGCAAAAAUGGAAGAAAUGGAUGUCCAAGGGAGCUUCUUCUUAUUCAUCAGGAGCCAGUAGAAUUGGGGCAUCUGUCAUAUUCCCACUAUAUGGCAAUGUUUAUCCCAAUGGGUUUUAUUUUGUCCAAGUUUUUGUAGGAUUUCCGCCUAGGCCAUACUUUCUUGAUCCCGAUACAGGCAGCGAUCUAACCUGGCUUCAAUGUGAUGCGCCUUGUGUCCGUUGCACUCAAGGGUUUCACCCACUUUAUCGGCCCACCAAUGACCUUGUAGUCUGUAGAGAUCCCCUUUGUGCAUCUUUGCACUCAAGUGAUUAUAGAUGUGACAACCCAAAACAAUGUGAUUAUGAGGUCGAGUAUGCAGACGGAGGUUCCUCCCUUGGUGUACUCGUCAAUGAUUUGUUCACAGUCAAUCUUACCAGUGGAGUUCGAAUUAGUCCUCGUCUGACUCUCGGUUGUGGAUAUGAUCAGCUACCUGGUAUAUCUGAUCAUCCCGUAGAUGGAGUCUUUGGUCUCGGGAAAGGAAAAUCGAGCAUUGUUUCACAACUUCAUGAUCAGGGGGUUGUCAAAAAUGUUGUCGGGCACUGUUUAAGUGGACAAGGAGGGUACCUUUUCCUUGGAGAAGAUGUUUAUGAUUCGUCAAGCAUAACUUGGACACCAAUGUCGCGUGAUUACACCAAGCACUACUCAGCUGGAAAUGCAGAAUUUGUAUUCGGGGGGAAAAGUACUGGGCUUAAGAAUCUUAACGUGAUCUUCGACAGUGGGAGCUCUUACACAUACUUUAAUUCUCAGGUUUACCAUGCUCUGAUUUCUAUGAUAAAGAAAGGAUUAAGUGGGAAGCUGAGAGAAGCAACUGAUGACCGUACUCUUCCGUUCUGCUGGAAAGGCAAGAAACCUUUCAAAAGUAAACGCGACGUAAAGAAAUACUUCAAGCCUCUAGCGUUGAGAUUUCCCAAUGGUGGGAAAAGCAAACCCCAGCUCGAAAUUUCCCCUGAAGCGUAUCUCAUAAUAUCAUCAAAAGGCAAUGCUUGUUUGGGAAUCUUGAAUGGCACUGACAUAGGACUGAAUGAUUUCAACAUGAUUGGGGAUAUUUCAAUGCAAGAUAAAAUGUUGAUUUAUGACAAUGAGAAGCAAGCAAUAGGUUGGACUGCAGCAAAUUGUGAUCAGCCCCCAAGAUCGAAUCGUGCAAUCUUGUAAUCAGUAGGAUUGGAUUCUCUUUUCUUUUCCCUGUUGUUUCAUUUAUAUAUACAUACAAUAUAUGUAAUUCUAUUAUAUAAUGUAAUAUAGAAUAGUAAUCACUGGAGGGAAGAGGAAGGAAUGAUGUACAGUACAUUCUACAAUAUUAAUGAUGAUGUUAUUCAUCUAAUUCUGCUUA